AUGGUCAAAACCCUGCUUGAUUUGAUUUGAUCUCUCCCCUUCUCCUCCUUGCCGUCUCCCAUCUCCAUCAGGGAAACCAACACUUCCCGACUCAACCUAACUCACUGCUGCUGCUGCCACCACCACCGCACCACCUCGAGCUGCGGCCAUUAAUGCGCUCCCUCCGCCCCUUGCCAUGUCCAGGACCUGCCGCGGUCUGAUUUGAUCCGGCUGCGCGGCCACUUUGCUGCUCCCCGACUGUUUCAGAACCAGCAGCCGACGCGACAAGGAAGGAUGGAGGGGAGGGCGCGGCGGCGGGGCACCGGCACCGGCACCAGCGCGAGCCCUGGCCGCAACAAGGUCUGGGUCGAGCCGCCGGGCAAGAGCCAGCACCACCCUCCGCGCCGCUCGCCUCCGCCGCCCCCUCCCGCGGCCGCGGGGAAGAGGGUGGCGGUCGUCUACUACCUCUGCCGCAGCCGCCACCUGGAGCAUCCCCACUUCAUCGAGGUGCCGCUCGCCUCGCCGGAGGCCGGCCUCUACCUGCGAGAUGUGAUUAACCGCCUUAACGUGCUGCGAGGGAAGGGCAUGGCGGCCAUGUACUCCUGGUCCUGCAAGAGGAGCUACAAAAACGGCUUCGUGUGGCACGACAUCUCCGAGGACGAUCUGGUGCUCCCUGCACAAGGCAACGAGUACAUCCUCAAGGGCUCCGAGCUCCUGGACCGAUCGCCGCCUGAUCGGCAGCAGAAUGGCCUUAGCAACACCAAGGCCGAGAGUCCCAAGCACCCUCAACAAGAGUCUCCUCAGUCGCGAGGAUCACAAGAAGGGUGCUCGUCAUCGUCAUCCCCAUCCCCAUCUGCUGUUAUCAAAGAGGCCUCACCUCCAACUCCUACCCAGCAACCACAACAGCUGGCGCACUCCACAUUUGUGCCAUCAUCAUCUGCUUCCACCAAUCGCGAGGACGAGCAAUGCAGGACUACACAUUCUGGCUCAUCGGGGAACCUGUCCCCUGAACCAGUAGGAACUAAUGUUCCAUUAUCAGAGGCAAGCUCCCCUGGACCUUCCGAGUACAGAGUUUGCAAACCCAUCGGAGCACAGGAUGCGUCCACACAAACUGAUGACAGUGAGAGGGAUGUUCCUUCUAAACGUACUUGCGCUGCAGGAAUCCGUACAGAGGAUUGUACAUCAGAUGCUGAAAUUCAAGAGUGUCAUGAAAGAAGCACGCAAGCAUCGCCAAAGGUCCCUCUACUUGUUCGAGAAUCACCACAGGUGUGUUCAUCUGAUGCUUCUCCCGGUGGCAGAGUUGAGACAUUGGAGUCCCUGAUAAGGGCAGAGGCCAGUAGGAGGAGUAGCUAUAAUAAGGUACUAGAGGAAGAACAUCUCUAUGGCCCAAUGGGUGUGAAGCUGAAGCCAGCCAAUUUGCUCAUGCAGCUCAUCACCUGUGGGUCCAUCUCUGUGAAAGAUCACCGUGGCUUUGGCCUCAUCCCAACAUACAGACCACGGUUUACUCAAGUUGAAUUCCCUUCUCCAAUGUUCUCUACUCCUAUGGCAUUGCGGCACCUUGACAAUGUUCCUUGUAGCGCAAGAACAAUUGGAAUAAGAGUUUCUGAGUCAGAGCAUUUAAGUAGUGAAAGCUUGGUCGAGGAGAGUAAGCAGGAAGAGUCAGGGAGAGGAGAAAUACCCACACUCAAACGCUCAUCAUCUUACGACGAGGAUAGAGUGUAUACAGCGCCAGACUCUAGAAGGGAUAUGGAAAGCUUGGCCGAGUCGGGUAGUUUCAGAUGUCUCCCACAGACUAUCAAAAUGAUAUCAUGUAAGCAAUCCAGAAGUGGAACAGCAUUCUCCCCCAACUCUGAUGUCAGGUACAGCUCUAGUCAACAAGAACGUAGUACUGCAUCCUCACCACUUGGUUCAUCAAGAGGUGCAAGCAAUAGGAUGACUGACCCACUAGGUAAAUUAUCUUCAUCAAGGGGAGAGUCAUUCCAUGAGGAGAAGGACAAAAUGAUCAAGAUCGAAGAAAGGCUUGCUUCUGGAGCACGGGUUAUAAUCCAAUCUGCACCCUUGUGUGAAGAAAGUGAUGACAGCAUCGAAUCACUGUAAGGGGUUGUGUUACAUUUUGCUGUGAACUUACCUUCUUUGGCAUUUGCUGUUUGUCUCGAAGUUGUUGGGUUGAAAGUGCAGUUUCAUUCUUUUUUUCUUUGAGCUGAGUUUGAUUCAUUUUGUAACCAGUGUGAAUGUGAUAGUCAUUAUUUUGUUACACCUUCA